AUCUCUCUCCCCAUUGGUCUCAUUUCUUUCGACAGACGUCUCCUUAUCCACUCCAUACUACAAAUGCGAAAAACCGCAUUCAUCUUCUUCAUGUAAACAAAAAACCCAAAACCCGUUUUCCGAUUCUCAUUUUUCACUAAACUGUAACGUAAAAGAAGGUUCUUUUUUCACAACAAUGGCGACACGGCUCGGGGCAUUGAGGGCGAAGUUGGUCUCGGUGAACGGCUACUCAGAGCUCGGCUCGAGCGUUGCAGAGUUCAGCGAAGCAGAUCAACAGAGAUGUUGUUGCUCAUGCCGGGUCAUUUGCGAUAAAAUAACAAGCACUACAAGGCGUUUGGUCUAUGUAUUCGAUGAGGCUGUGCGAAUGGGCAAGUCUGAUCCGAGAAAGAUUGUGUUCGCAGCGAAGAUGGGUUUGGCUUUGAUUGUCAUCUCAUUGUUGAUUUUCUUGAAAGAACCUGUUAUAGAGCUCAAUCGUUACUAUGUUUGGGCUAUUCUUACGGUUGUGGUUGUGUUUGAGUUCAGUAUAGGAGCAACACUUAGCAAAGGAUUAAACCGUGGAUUGGGGACAUUGUCAGCUGGAGGGCUUGCUCUUGCUAUGGCAGAGCUUUCAGAAUUGGCCAGAGAGUGGGAUGAAGUUUUAAUUGUUACAAGUAUCUUCAUCAUAGGAUUUUUGGCUAGUUAUGCAAAGCUAUACCCAACAAUGAAGCCUUAUGAAUAUGGGUUUCGAGUGUUCUUGUUGACAUAUUGUAAUGUAAUGGUAUCUGGGUAUAGGACAAGGGAGUUUAUUCAUACAGCUGUAUCACGGUUUUGGCUCAUUGCAUUGGGUGCUGGCGUUGGUUUGGUGGUAAAUAUAUGCAUUUACCCUAUUUGGGCUGGUGAAGAUCUGCACAACUUGGUGGCGAAAAAUUUCAGGAAUGUGGCAACUUCUUUGGAAGGUUGUAUUAAAAGUUACCUCAGUUGUACUGAAAUUAAGAGGGUCCCUUCCAAAAUUCUUACUUACCAAGCUGCUGAUGACCCAGUUUACAGUGGCUACAGAUCAGCCAUAGAAUCAAAAAGCCAAGAGGAUGCUCUGAUGGGAUUUGCUGUUUGGGAGCCACCUCAUGGCCCUUACAAGUCGUUUAAAUAUCCAUGGAAGAAUUAUGUCAACUUAAGUGGCGCACUAAGGCAUUGUGCGUUCAUUGCUAUAUCGUUGCAUGGAUGCAUACUUUCGGAAAUACAGGCUCCAGAGGACCAGAGAGAGUUAUUCCGUCAUGAGCUGCAGAGGGUGGGUAUUGAAGGUGCUAAAGUGUUGCGUGAGCUUGCAAAUAAAGUUAAAAGGAUGGAGAAAUUAGGUCCAGUUGACAUACUCUAUGAAGUGCACAAAGCUGCAGAAGAAUUGCUAAGCAAAGUUGAUCGGAAAUCUUACGUUCUUGUCAAUGCAGAGAGCUGGGAAAUCGGAACCCGGGAGAAGGUUCAGGGAGAACCCCAAGAAUUACUGAACUUUGUUGAUGAAGAAAAUAAAGUGCUUGAAUAUAAAUCUCGUAGUGAAGCUGCACUUGAUCUUAGAUCAGUUAGAACAGACUUCGGUGUGAAAUCCAGAUUGGUAUCUGAUGUUCCCUCUGAAAACAAGAUACAGAUGUCAUGGCCAGCUCGUAUCUCAUGUGAUAAUAAUGCAAUGCCACAAUUGAAAACAUCAAAAACUUAUGAGAGUGCAAGCGCACUGUCUUUAGCAACUUUUGCUUCACUUCUGAUUGAAUUUGUUGCCAGAUUGCAAAAUGUUGUUAAUGCAUUUGAAGAGUUAAGUGAGAAAGCAAAUUUUAAGGAACCUGAUGGUCAGUCAGCAGAAGAGGCAGCACAGCCGACUGGGUUGUGGAGAUGGCUGAACGUCUGGAGUAAAGCAGAAGCAUCUUCCUGACAAAAUCAUGAAACAUGGAACUCAUCAUAUCUUAUAUGGAUCUUCAAGCGGGGUUUUUGUGGAACUGCAGCUUAGGACAUUCGUUGCAAGAUUUUCAAAUGUACAUUGGUUGCAGUUUCCGAAAUCCGAAGACAAUGGAAGCUAAUUUGGGAUCAACAAAAUUUGGUAGAAGAAAUAAUGUCUAAACUCUCUCUUCAGUGGUAGUUUAUCUAGGAUAGAAUGGUAAUUACAGUAUCUGGAUCACAAAGAUUGACUUAACUCAGUGGGAAAUGGCAGCUGCAAGAAGGGAGGAAAGUUCUGAUGAAUUUUUUUGGCGAUAGAAUAAAAACGUUGUAGAAUAUUUGAAAAUAGAAACUUUUCGAAGCUCA